AUGGCUUCCAACACAGUUAGUGCACUCAUUAUAUUGCUUUCUCUUGUUUGCUAUUCAACAUUUUCACAUGCAUGUGGUUCAUGCAAUCCAAAACCUAAGCCUAGUCCUCCACCACCUUCCAAAUCACCUAAGCCUUGUCCUCCACCUAAGGCUAGCACUCCACCUAAGGUUAGUCCUCCUACUCCUGUAACACCGCCUACGGCUAGUCCUCCUACUCCUUCAACACCACCUACGGCUAGUCCUCCUACUGUAACGCCGCCUACGGCUAGUCCUCCUACUCCUUCAACAUCCCAAAAAUGUCCAAAGGACACAUUAAAGCUAGGUGUUUGUGCUGAUCUUCUUGGACUUGUUAAUGUUGUGGUUGGAAGUCCUGCUUCAAGCAAGUGUUGUGCAUUGAUUCAAGGUUUGGCUGAUUUGGAUGCAGCAAUUUGUCUUUGCACUGCUAUUAAGGCUAAUGUUCUUGGUAUCAACUUGAACGUUCCUGUCACACUCAGUCUUCUACUCAGUGCUUGUGAAAAAUCUGUUCCUUCUGGUUUCCAAUGCUCUUAG